UCACAUUCUUGCACAAAGAUGAAGGCCAUGACAGGUCUUCUAGUCUUGAUGGCUACUGUCCUUUUGGUGUCUUCCAAACCGACGAAUAUUGGGGACACGGACAUUGUCACCGAAAUUGUACGAGCCAUGGAAGGACGUGAAGAAAUGUGGAGAGUUGUCAGUUACUUGAAAGCCUCUCGUGCUGGCCUGCUGAACGAAUUUCCACUCUUCAGCCCUGAUGGAACACAACAAAGUUACACGUUCUUUGCUCCGACGUCGUUUGCUUUCAGCUUGCAAACUCCACAAGAUACGGUCGAUCCGCUCUUUGUCGAUGACGACCUCCGUCUUAGAGUUCUGAUUCGCCAUUUCGCACGCUCACCUGUCUCUUCCGAUGACUUGGCCAAUGUGGGCAAAAUUGUCAUGGCCGAUUCCAGCGAGGCAGCUCUCACUUAUCAAAAUAGUAAUGAAAUGUGCAGCCUGCCACCUCUCGAUCGCACAGAUGCCGUGUGUGAGGCCUACAUGCCGAUGUGGACGUUCACGUCCGCAACGGGCAAAUGCGAGAGCUACAUCUACGGCGGUUGUUUCGGGACGGCCAAUCUUUUCAAAACAGAAGAGGAUUGUUUGUCAGCAUGCGGCCCAACUGCCAAUACCAGGACGCGGUUGAUUAAGGAUGCGGAAAUCCAGCCGGAAGCCAUCCGCUUACCGCAAGACAUCGGUGUUGUUUACAUCGUUGGACGUGUCUUUAUGAAUAGUGACGAGGUCAGUGAGGCGAUUUCGUCCCACUUUAAACGUAAUCCCAAUACGGCCCUUUGUCUUGGCCUUCCUUGCUCACCUGGCGAAUCACCAGCGCCGGUUGACGAUGAAGCGGCGCUCGAUAUCCGCAAUACUCCGCUGGCUCCCCCACCAGACGUUCCUAUGCCGCUCGGUGGUUUCAAUGCCGUAUCGACCGACGAACCUGACGUCCAAGAGAUGGCGGAAUUCGCCACCAAGGCCAUGAGUCAGGGUGCCAAUCGGGAAUACCCGAUCACGUUGGUUAAGAUAGUCAAGGCCGAGAGACAAGUUGUAGCCGGAUUUAAUUAUAUCCUUCAGUUAGAAUUGAAGGAAAACCCCAAGAAUGAUGCUGUCGUCGUGUGUGACGUGGUCGUCUUUGAUCAAUCGUGGACGUCCACACGUCAAAUCACGUCGUUUCAGUGCAAUCCUAGCUUGGCUAUUGCUCCCGAAAUUGAAUUAGGACUGCCCCCCUUAUCUUAAAGUUUGUGGUCGAUGAGAACUGCACCGUGCGAACCGGAAGUUUUUUUCUUUCUCUGGUUUCCUUAACGUUAUGUCUGAGUUCAAUACAAAGUUUUCCAGACGUCCAA